AAGAGUGUUCCUCUGGGUGUAGUCACACCUGUUCUUGCUUCUGUGCCAAAAGACCAAGUGGCAACUGAGUAAAAAUAGAACACCUAUAUGAGCCAUCUUUACACACAGCACAGACUCUCUGGAUCACGGGCGUAUUUCAACAGGAGCUUUUGACGAAACAGCUCAGCUCCACACCAUGGGAUCCCGGUACAAAUGGUUCCUGCUCAUGCUCGCUAUUACAGUUUGUGCUGUGCUGUACAGAUUCUCCAAGAUGAACACUUAUCAGUCUGUUAGAAACGAUAUCUUGGAAAUAAUACAGUUGAGAACGGAAUCUGAGAGAAAUGUUCCAAAACGAAUCAUGGAACCUGGGAUUAUGUUUGUGGAGACAUCUGACAAAGUUGAGCCAACACCAUUGGCGGCAUGUUCAGUGGAAUCUGCUGCUCGUUUACACCCAGACAAACGUGUCUACUUUUUCAUGAAAGGAUUCAAUGGCAAAUUAUCACAAUAUCCACAGCCUAAUUAUACUGGCAUUCCAUUGCUGUCUGCAAUAAGUAAUGUUGUCCUUCUACCCUUGAAUCUCACUGAACUGUUUGAAAACACUCCUUUGCAUGAAUGGCAUCAAAAGGUGAAUCCAGAUUUGGAAAUGUAUUGGCUCCAUGUCCUUGCUGAUGGCUGCAGGUUAGCUCUGCUAUGGAAAUACAGUGGCGUCUACCUGGAUACCGACAUUAUAUCAAUGAAGUCUUUGCCAUUUAUUAAUUUUACCGCUUUGGAAGAUGGAAAUUUUUUCAAUAAUGGAGCAAUGGGAUUUAAUGUCAAACAUCAUCCAUUUAUGUUGGAGUGCAUGAAAGAUUUUGUAGCCAAUUAUACUGGGCACAUCUGGGGUUAUCAAGGUCCUAAACUGAUAACCCGUGUUCUGAAGCGAUGGUGCAAGUUUGAUAAGGCAGCCGACGCCUCUGGAAAAGAAUGCAAUGAAAUCUCUUUGUUGAUCCCAAGCCGGUUCUAUCCAAUCCACUAUUCAAGCUGGGGACGUUACUAUGAUCCCUGGAAAAAGGAGAAUGCAGUGAGUGUCUUCUCAGGUUCAUAUGGAACACAUGUCUGGAACUAUAUGAACUCUGAAAGGAAAAGAAAAAUAAUCGCUGGCAGUGGAUCAUUAAUUGAAUAUCUUUUUCAAUUGUAUUGUCCAACUACAUACAGAAAUUUCAUUCAAUCCCCAAAGAGUUCAAAGUCAUUUCGUGCCUGAGAUUUUGGGGGCUAGCAAGGAUGCUGAGUGUACAGGCCAUCCAUAAAGUGGAUACUAUUUGGGCAGCACCUGGAAAUUCCACCAUUAUAACUUCAUUAGGCACAAGAAACCUGUCACCACCUGAGUGCACAAUUGAGUUCUGUUGUAAAUGCUCCAAACAGCAUGAAAAUAGCACGUUACUCCAUUAAGAGCAUUUCAAAAUCUCAGUAACAUGAUGUUGGAGUUCUACUUUGAUUCUGUUAGUUUGAACUAUAUCUUCUGGAGUUGGGUUUUAAGAUAUUAUACUGGGGUUCUUAUAGCAAUAAUGUUGUUUUGUCCAUUAUCAAUCUUACAUGGGAAUGUUGGGUGGUAUUCUAAUACUGAGGGCCAAAAAUGGAAAUAUUUUUAAUUUUAAACACAGAUUCUCUUCAAUUCUUUGAUUGCAAAGCUCAGGAAAAGAAAGUUUGUAAAAAAUGAAAUGAAAUUAUUAAGAAUACAAAAUGGGAAAUAAACACAUGUUUACUUGAGUAUAAGUGCAUUGAGAAUAAUAUCAAUCAAUAAGUCAUUGAGAAUUAUAUCUAUUUUUCUGCUCUUACAGUCAGGAUAUACACUUGCUGGCAUUUUAUUUUAUCACCUAAUAAUAAUAACUGCUGCUUAGUGGAGUGGAUUUUGACAAUAAGAGCAGUUGGUUAGUGUACCUGCUGGCCAUUAUUCUACCAUCAACUUAGUGAAGGGAAGGAAAAUACCUGCACUUUACACACAUUCUUGAUUAAAGUGAAGGUGUGGUGAUAGGCAAAACUACGGGAUUAUCAGAGAGAGGGAUUUGGGGCAUUCAGUAAUUCCGCUGUGAGCUUCAAUAUCUUUGUGUGUUAUUUUAUUGUGUUUUGUCGAAAUAUAAACAGGUCUUUUUGUGUUGCUUGUGCUUCUUGUGCUUCAAUGAAUUACCAACUGCACAUUAAGGACUAUCCCAUGAAUGAAAUUCAGUAACGAAGGCUACACAAUUCAAACCAGUGUUCAUUUGAGUAAGAGUAAAAGAAUCCAAAGGAAAUUUUUUUUUUUAAUGGAAGAAUUGUGAAAAAUGAAUGCCAGCAUUUUGGUAAAUAAUAGCAUAACAAAGGGAUCGUACCAGAGCGCUCUUAUGCUGGAUACUGGCAUCUAAAAUCUAUUACAUGUAUAUUCACCUGUUUACCAAUGAUGGACUGCUGUUAAAAGCCAGAGAUAUCAUCUUAAUCACAAUAUUACCAGCAAAUCACACAGAGGCUGGACCUAUAAUGUGCCAUUGCUAACCAUAACUGUAAAACAAAUCAAACCGAUAUAAUUCUGAUGUUCUAAAAGAUGUACAAUACAAAAAUUUUAGCAUGUGCCAUUUAGAAGCUUUUCAGUAUAGUUGUGAAACCAGAAAAAAAUCUUUAAUGCAAUGUUUAAAUAAUGUGGUGAAUAAUAUUUUGAUUUAUCCUGGGGAAAGGAGAAUCCCUGAUGAAGAAGCUAUUGAAAGAAGAAAUGACCAAAAUUUCAGCAAUGUAGGGAAAUAUUCAGAAUAUAUGUGAAUCUGAUGUAAAUAAAAUCAGUGAUGGAUCGCACACUGGGAAAUGGGUAUUACUUUAUAAUUUUGAAGAAAAUUUGCAAUAGGCUUAGCCAUUGAUUGAUAACAUUUUCAUAGCAUUUGAUGGAACAAGAAAUUUAUGAAGAUUACAUUAGGAACUAUUGGGGGUGAUUUUAUCUGAUAUUGCUAACUAUAACUGCUAAUAAAUGCAUGACAUAAGAAUGUACAUCCUGAUAUAUAUUUCCUGCAAAAUUGUUAUCUUAAGAAGGGAAUUUACAGACAAUUUUUUCAACUUGUCUAUUCAAUAAAAUUUCUAAUUCACCUGC